AUGAGUUACAGUCAAUCAAUCAGUAUCUAUUCACAAAUUUUUAACUCGCAAUUGACCAAAGAUGAUAAGUUUUUCGUUGCACUUUACACGGUCCCUGUCCAUACCGAUGCGUUAUUAUCACAGAUGCAAGCUAAUUGUCAAUCAAUAGGAUCAUCUGUCAUAUCGACUAGCAAUUUUAAUGUCUUGCAAGUUAUGUUUGUGCAUGGGGUUAGAUUAUUGUCGGAUGCUAUGUGCUGUCCAGAGGAAGAAGUUGAGAGUGCUAUUAUCCAAGACCCCAAGGAUCCGCUAGGUUCAAAAAGGGAUUCUGAAUCCAUUUUGAGUGGAGUUUCUACUCGUCCCGAAUCCAUACGAUCUGAGUUUGACCAAGGCGGCGAGGAUAUCACGUCUUUAAGCGGAAAAGCACUGAAUAGUUCUAAUCUGCACUUCUUAACUGAAUACAGCGAGGGCGAUGAUAUUACUACGCUAAAAGGAAAAGACAGUAGUAGAAGAGGCAGUAACAUAAGCAUCUCGUCUAAUCAGAAGACAAGUCUCCCAAAAAUAAGCAGCCAGUCUAUUUCAUUAAGUUCGGAAAGAAAUACCUUUGAACAUAUUGAUGAAGAUUUAAGGAUUGAGGUAAUAUGUAACAUAUUGAAGACAAUUGCAGUCUGGUUCAAGAAUAUAAAUGCAACAAACAAAGCUUCACGUAAAUCUAAGAAUAGCCUUGGUGUACUGCAAGAUGUUGAUCUUUUAAGUACACUAUUUCAGUUAGCAAAUAGUAACUCAUCCUUUUGCCUUGAUGAAACUUACUUGCAUAGACUAUUAAAGAUAUGUGCAUGGUACUUGAAUUAUGCCAUUGCGUAUGUGGAACAAAAUCCGGGCUUGCCUGAAUACAAAAAUUUAGGUAUUGUGAAAGAAAUCAUUUUUCUUUUAUCAGACAUAAUGAAAACCAUAUUCGCAUCAUUAUUAUAUCAUAAUGAUUCUACUAUGGAAUUAGCCAUAACUGAAAGUCUUUUGUUCACUUUUUUUAAGGUUGACUUCUCUAAAGUACUCGAUAAAUUGAUGACUAUAACAACUCCAAAAUUGAUGGAAUCGGAACUGCAAAACGAACCCCAUUACACACUUCCAGAUAUUUCUUUAUCAUCUGAAACGUUAAUGAAAUUAUACAACUUCAUUGGGGCUUUGAUAAAUGUUCCCUCUCGAUAUUUACCAGUACCUCCCACUUCGUUUUCAGAUGACAUCACAAUUAUGAAUAAAGAAUCUCUGAAUAUUUAUGAACAUUACUUUUGCAACUCAAAAGAAUUCAAUUCUGUGACGUUUAAUCAGGAGAUUAAUCUGCGUUUCUUACCAAAUUACGCGAUUGAUUUCAAUCUCUACUACAAUUUGAAGCCAGAUCUAUUGAUGAAUCAUAUUAAAAGUGGCUCGUUCAUGAAUUGGAUAACUGGAAAUAGAUUUAAUGACAAUUUUUAUUUGAAUUAUGAUACAUGUGCAUAUGUUACCAAUUUGUCCACAAACUAUGAUUUUUUCAAUCUAGCGGAAACUUCAGAAAAGUAUUCAUUCAUAGAUGAACUUCAGUCUAUCGAAAAACUUAGAUCUAGUCAACUAAGCCAAAACAAUAGCGAUGAUGAUGAUUAUGUUAUUGAUAUAUAUGAAUUAUUACCCAUGUCAUUAAUGCUAUUCUCAUACAUACAGAACCCAAGCUUUUUAGAGCAUUUUACAAAUCAGAUUCAUAGGAUUGACCAUAAAAUUGAAGAUAUUACACCUAGCGAUAACACAUAUGUUGAGAUUUAUGAAAUUUGGUUAUGUGUAUUAUCUUACACGUUCCAAUAUCAACACAAGUCAAUCCCAUUGCAAGCAAAUACGCAAAUAUCUUUGUUAAUUUUAUUAGAAUUAACUUCUCUUCACAAAACGAUCAAUAAUAAAGAGGAUUCACCUCUAGUCGUUGAAAACCUCAAGAAUUAUCAAAUUAACGAAUUUAAAUGGAAACUUUGUCAUCAAAGAUUGCCAAUAGUUCCAACCAAUAUUGGUAAAGAGGGAUUUAAGUCAAGUUUGUUUUAUAUUUUAGACACGUUGCAAAUAUUUAUUAGAUUCAAUCUUACCAAAAGAAUUAACCUUUUCAAUUUUAAAUUGGUUAAUGGUAUAAUUUAUCAAAUCGUACAAGAGUUUAAUAAUUCGCAACCAGAAACGUUAGCUAUUGAUAGUUAUCCAUGGAAUGAAUUCUUUAAAUCGUUAACAAAUUUAUUGUUAUUCAUAAAAAAGCACGAUUUGGUAGCUACAAAACAUAUUACAGAUUUGGGGAAUGUUAAUAAAUUGAAGUCCCUAGUAGAAGAAAUCUUUAUAAUUAUCGAUCUUUUAUUAAAUGAAAAAUUCGGUAAUAUAAUACAGAUGACAAAUGAUGUGCAGAGUUCGGGAAGCCAUAUUUUAAAAUCCAUCAAUUAUGAAUUACUCUAUAUCAUAUUAUUAAACUACCAUUCAGUUGAGAGCUUGAUGAGGGACUUCUCUUUGGAAAAUGCAAAUCAUUUGCCAAAUUUACGAAAUUGCAUGAGCUUCUUGGAUAGUAAAUUUCAUUUAACUGAAGAAUCGAAACAAAAGGAAGAAAAUAAGUCAAAAAUAGAUUUAAUUGACAUCGAUUACGAUUCUCCGGUUCUCAUCAAAGAAUUAUCAGACUACGCAAAGUACCCAACUAAUGAACCUGUUGACUCUGAAAUAACGUACAAAUAUAAGGAUACAUUCAAAUUUAUUAACGCGUCAGACGUCAUGAGUGAUUCACAGAAGUUGAAAAUAUUUAACAUAGCAUUUGAGGUUUACUAG